AUGAGCGGUGCUCAGACCGACUCGGAGGAGAAGGACUCCAAGGACUGUCCUCCUCCAGAGGAGCUCGAGUGCAAAAUCUGCUACCAGCGCUACAACGUCCACAACCGCAAGCCCAAGAUCCUGGACUGCCUGCACCGGGUCUGCGCCCGCUGCCUGGUCAAGAUCCUGGAUCUGGCGGACGAUGCGGGCUGCAUCUCCUGCCCCUUCUGUCGACACCAGACCGAGAUCACGGAGGACGAGCUCUCAGCUCUGCCGGACGACGUCAACAUCAUGUCUCUCCUGGCGAUGCGAGACAAGUCCUGGAGUUCGGACCACAACAGAGAGGUGGUCCUCACGCCAAAGAGUCUGUCCUCCUCCAGCCUGUCUCAGGACUCCUCCAACUGCCUGGUCAUCACCAUCAUGGAGGUCCAGAGGGACUCUCAGCACUCCCCCAGCCACAACGCCAGCUCCGAUGUGUAUGCCGGGCACAGUCUGGACUCGGUGUCGAUCGGAUCGAACGGGGCGGCCGAUCAGGACGCCCUGUCCAAGUUCUGUAACCAUGUCCCCCGCAUCCUGGUCUGGCUGCUGGGGUUCCUGUACUUCGGCUCGCUGCCUCUGGGAAUCUACUUGCUGGUCAUCCAGAGAGUGACUCUGGGCAUUGUGUGUGUCAGCUUGGUGCCGUCCAGCCUGACGGUCUGCCUGGUCUACGGAUUCUGCCAGUGUCUGUGCCAGGGCGUGUGUGACUGCUCCUCCAGGGGCUGA